UAACGGCCCACUUUGUUUUGGCGAAGAGACAUCAACGAGAGAGUCCGGCUGGUUCUCUUCUCUUGUGCACUCUCGUCAAAUUCGUCGGUUUUCGAGGCAAGAUAAAGUGGCGCCUUGGAUUUUAAAUCGGAGAAGAUUGAUUUUUUUCUGUCGCUUCCGAGAGAUACGUAAGCCCUAAUUGUUCAAAUUCAACAUGAUCUUAAGGACUCCGCCGCCGAAGAAGCUCCGGACCGACGCCGGAGGCAGCCCACCCCCCACCGGCGCCGCUAGCUCCGGAAAGCAGCUCAUUAUUUACGAAGAUUCUCCUCUUCCCGCUCCAAUACAAACAACUUUUCAUGAUCAUUCCGAUCAGUACCUUUGCACCUAUCAAUGUCGCCAAAUGGUUAAAGCUGAUGUUCUAGAUGCCUUAAGCAAAGCAGAGAAACAAGCCCAGGAAUAUCAGACCAAAUUACAGACUCUAAAUCAGAAUUUUAACGAAGCAGACGCAGAAAGAAAGCACUUACGAGAUAAGUUCUUAUACUCAGAGCAAGAACUGGCUGCUGCAAAAGGGCGUGAAAAGAUGCUUCAGGAGCAGCUCUUAACGGAGAUCAACACUUCUCAAGCGCGGUAUACAAAAGAACUACAAUCUUGCCAUGAACUGGAGGUAAAACUUCAAAAUGAAACGAAUCUUCGACAGAAAGCCGAGUCUUCUGUUGCAACAGCAGAAGAAAAAGCUAAACUUUUGGAAGAGAAACUAAGUCAGCUAUCUGGUAGUGUGGACAGGGAGAAAACACGUGUGAACAAUGAUAUUGCCCACUUGGGUAAAGAAGCAAAGCUUUCUGUAUCUAGGAUUGGUGCAGAUCUUGAAAGGAUGCAAUGCAGAGCAGAAAGUGCAGAGGCGGAAACAGAUCUCUUAAGAUCACAGCUGGAGCAUCUUAAGCAGAAAUUUGACGAGUGUUUACACGAAAAAACUAAAGUAGACAAAAAGCUUUCGUCAUUCACUUCUCAAGCGGCAUCUUCUUCAGAUAACAGUGUAUUGAUUAAAAAUCUCCAGGAGGAACUUAAGCGCUAUGAAGCUGAAAUAAGCAUGGACACUUUGGAGGAUGAAUUAUCCUCUUGGAAGUCAUUGCUAAACAACAUUCCCGGUGUAUCCUGUCCUGAUGACAUAAUGGUGAAAUUCUUGGCGCUGCAAAAGGAGGUGCUUGAUAGCACUAUGAAGAUUGGUGAAGUAAGUACACGUUUUAAUCAACUGCAGGCGGCUCUGGAUGCUGCACAACUUGGCAGGCAGAAUGCUGAAACUGAGGCUGCAUUAGCUAAAGAGAAAUCCGAGGCACUCAAAUCAGAUAUGAAGAGGACUGAAGUAAUGCUUUCUUUGGUCACUGAAGAGAAAGAACAACUAAAAGCUGUUGUUAGUGAACUAAGGAAGUCCAACAGUGAAGGACCUGUGUCCGGGGUCACAGAUGUAACUCUUGUUCAGGGGAUUGAAUCUUCUCUUGCGAACAAGGAGAACUAUCUUAAAGAGUUAGAGAAGGAGCUAAGUCAACUGAAAGAUGUCAAUAAUCGUCAACGUGCUGAAAUAGAACAUCUAAAUGAUAAAUUAGCCAGUGAAGCAAGGAGAAUGAAGUCGCUGGAAAGGGAUAGCGAUCGUCUUUGCUCGGAGAUCUCUUUGCUGGAGUCAAGGCUAUUGGAACUUUUACCUUCCAUGGUUGAAAUGGAUUUGACGUACUGCGCCUUUUGUCUGUCUUAG